GAUUUACCUGUAACUAUUUUUAAGUAAUAGAGAACAUUAGAACAGUGAGUUUGUAUCUUUGUUUUCUCAAAUAAAGAUUUACCUGUAACUAUUUUUAAGUAAUCAGCUAGAUUUUUUAAUACAUAAAACCAAGUAACUAUUUUUAAGUAAUCAGCUAGACAAAACCCUUUGUACGUGAUGAAUAUGGACUGAUCAGCAAUGAAGUGCUUGUGGAAAACAAUGUACAACCCGUUGUGCAGCCAGAGCCUUCUAUCAGAGGAACUAAUAUGGAUAAGGGUACCAUUUUGAAAACAAUGCCCCCGGAGCCAUCAUCUCAGAACCCAAGCAUGCAAAUAGAAGUUAUCCGCCAUGUGGUCUCUAGAAUAUUAUUACACAAUACCAUAUAUGACGUUGUUCCCCUUUCUAGCAAGUUAACAGUUUUGGACACUCAGCUUCCUGUUAAACAAGCAUUUAAAAUAAUGCAUGAUGAGGGUCUUGCUCUGGUUCCUCUUUGGGAUGACCGCCAGGGAACCAUAACAGGCAUGCUCACUGCAUCAGAUUUUGUUUUAAUCUUGAGAAAGGGGAUAUUGUGCAUUGGUGUGCUAAAAUGUUCUAGGCAGCAGAAAGCAAUAUCACGGGAGCAAGCAGCCAAAGAUCUGCAAGAGUUGGAGAAAUGGAGAGAAGAACUUGAGGCAUUGUUACUUGCUGAAUGGUCGGAGUUGAGGGGGGAAGAGCUGCUUGCGUACUGGUGGAGAGAGGAUCAUUGGUUGAAAGCGAUGUUUCUACAUAUGAGGUCUGUAAUUAAGGUUGAGGAAGAGUUGGUUGGAGUUCCUGUGAAAGAUGGACUAUAUGAGAUUAGGGAUACCAGUGCGCUUGUACGUUUAAGGCCAACGUGGGAGGAUCUUCGCAGCUACUUAAUUGCCAGAGGCCGCAAAUGUUUUGAAGUCUGCGUGUACAAUAGCUGA